AUGGUACUGAACUCUCCUUUGGAAAAAGCAUUGAUUAAUCAUGUAGAAUGUCUUACUAAAGAGGAGGAACAUGAAGUGCAAACUUGUAUUAAAGAGUUGGAUGGUGCAGGAGAAAAUUCUGAGGGACAGGAUGCAUUUCAAGAAUUGAAGAAUGGUGGGCAAAUAGAAAAACCAAAAGUAGAAUUGAAGACCUUGCCUGCACAUUUGAAGUAUGUAUUUCUCGAAGACAAUGACUCCAAACCAGUGAUUAUUAGCAGCUCGUUGAAAAAAAUAGAAGAUCAACUGGUGAAGAUUUUGAAGAGACACAAAGCUGCAAUUGGAUGGCACAUAUCAAACUUGCAAGGAAUUAGUCCAUCUUAUUGCAUGCACAAAAUCAAUAUGGAAGCUGAUUACAAACCAGUGAGAGAGCCUCAAAGAAGACUGAACCCAAUCAUGAAAGAAGAGAUGCAUAAGGAGAUUGUUGUUGAUCCUAAAGAUCAAGAGAAGACUGCUUUCACCUACCCUUUUGGUGUAUUCGCAUAUCGGCACAUGCCUUUUGGUCUGUGCAAUGCCCCAGCUACAUUUCAGAGGUGUAUUAUGGCAAUUUUUUCUGAUAUGGUGGAAAAAUGCAUCGAAGUUUUCAUGGAUGAUUUCUCUAUUUUUGGGCCAUCCUUUAAAGGGUGCCUAUUAAAUCUUGAAAGAGUAUUACAGAGAUGUGAAGAGUCCAAUCUAGUUCUCAAUUGGGAGAAAUUCCAUUUCAUGGUUCAAGAAGGAAUAGUGCUGAGGCAUAAAAUUUCAGUAAGGGGAAUAGAGGUGGACAAGGCAAAGAUUGAUGUAAUUGAGAAACUUCCUCCUCCAAUGAAUGCCAAAGAAGUGAGAAGUUUCUUAUGA